AUGGCAUUGGAUAAAAACACUGAUUCUGAGGGCUGCAAUUAUAACAAAUCGGAAGAGUCCUCGGAGAUAUCGGAGAACGUGCGGGCAUUAGGGAGAAAUCGGAGAGUCCUCAGAGAUAUUGGAAGCCUUGUCCCUGCUCUAGCUGUUGAGGGGAAGCCCCAAACUCAGAUCUCUCGCCCCAUAACAAGGAUUUUCUAUCCUCAAUUACUUGAAUAUGCACAAGUAGUCGCCGAGAAGAACAGUAAGGUUCAGUUGAGGAAGGAAAAUGGCCAAACAUCAAUGGUCCCACUUUUCCAAAGUCAAGAAAACAUUAUUGGCAAGAUUUCUAUUGAACCAGUUUCAGGGAAGAAGGUUGAGCACAAUGGAAUCAAAGUUGAGCUUCUUGGACAAAUAGGAGACAGGAGGGGACAAUUGAGUUAUGCAGUCUCCAGUUAUUGUCUAUUUGGUAACAAGUAG